GGGCAGAGGCUGGUGCAGGAGUUGGGGUGCGGGAGGGGUCUGGGGCACGGGCUGGGCUGAAGCCGGCCCGGAGCUGGGACCGCCUUGUUCGGGAGUUGGACAACAGGUGCAGGAAAUGGCAGGGGCAGUGGUGGGCCUGGGGCUGGGCAGAGGGUGCCGGAAGGGGCAGGGGUGGACAGGGACGGGGUUCAGCCUGAGCUGGGGCAGGGCGGGGGCUGGGCAGGAGGCAGGCGAAGAAGCUGGGGCAGGGUGGGCUUGGGGCAGCUGGUGCCCUCCCUCUGUGUCCCUGCAGUUCGUAGCUCCUUCCGUUGGUCCUUGGAAGCACCCCCAGCCUGCCCUGUCUCCCCAGACCCCCGGCCCUCAGGCCAAGCCAGUCCCAGCUCCUCGUCCCCUCAGCCCCGCACACCUGAGCCCCCUCCAGGCCGGAGGCAGGUUGCUGGGCCGGCCUGGUCCAUCCCCUGCAAACCCUGUCCCACCAGCCAGGUGGCCUCCAGCGCUGCCAAUCCCUUUGCCCGGCCCCUCCCCGCCCCUUCCCCCGCCUCUCGCCCAGCCCCCUCCUCCUCAGGUGAGGCAGCCAGGCCUAGCAGGCCCCGCGCCACCGCCGCCGCUGCCUCUGGGGCCGCCGCUGCUGAGGGGCCACCAUGCUCCUGCCCAGGCCUGGAGACUGACCCUAAACCGGCACCAUCUCUCAGCUCCGCCCCCACCUGCCGGACCCCAGGGUAAGGACCAGGGUCCUCAGUUCCAGUCCCCAGGACGUGGGCCCCCUCACCCAAACCCGCCCUAAUGCUCAGCUCCCAGUAGAAGGGCUCCCAGGGACCCGGAGGGUGGGCUGUCAGGCUUCUCCCCAAGGACCUCAGAGUCCCAGCCCCCUGUUCUUCAGACUCCAAGAUCGGCCCCGGUCUCCUCCUCCCUCAGACCCCGGAAUCCAGGCCCCUGUGUCCCUCCUCCGAAGGAGGGCUGGCCCCCAAACCUCUUUCCCCAGGACCCAGGAGUUGAGGCCCCAGCUCUCCCCCUUCAGACCCAGGAGUUCAGAGCCCUAGUCUCCUCCUCACCCAGGCCCAGGCGUAUGGGGUCCCCCAGGCCUGCAAAUCCAGGCAUCCCCCUGGCCGCUGGUCACACACUGACCCCAUCCUUGAACCCAGCCCAGUCUGUGUCCGUGAUCAUGGCGUGCUCUGGCCGGGGCCCAGUCCCUCAGCCUCCCUGGAUGGGCGCCUGGGACUGGGGGCACAGGGGCUGGCCUGGGCUCCCCCAGGCCCUGCCUCCCCCCGUUCAUCUCCCCACAGGUCCCGCCCCGGCCCAGGAGGUCAGCCGGGGAAUCAUUAACUAGAGGCCGUGACAUGGCGGAGAAGGAGGGUGGCCGGACUGUGCCAUGCUGCUCUGGACCCAAGGUGGCAGCUCUCACUGUGGGGACCGUGCUGCUCCUGACAGGCAUCGGGGCAGCGUCCUGGGCCAUUGUGACCGUUCUACUCAGGAGUGACCAAGAGCCGCUGUAUCCAGUGCAGGCCGGCCCGGCCGACGCUCGGCUCACGGUGUUUGACCAGACGGAGGGCACGUGGCGCCUGCUGUGCUCCUCGCGCUCCAACGCCAGGGUGGCGGGGCUCAGCUGCGAGGAGAUGGGCUUCCUCAGGGCGCUGGCCCACUCGGAGCUGGAUGUGCGGACGGCGGGCGCCAACGGCACGUCGGGCUUCUUCUGCGUGGACGAGGGGAGGCUGCCGCAUGCCCGGAGGCUGCUCGAGGUCCUUUCCGUGUGCGACUGUCCCAGGGGUCGUUUCCUAGCUACCAUCUGCCAAGACUGUGGCCAUAGGAAGCUGCCCGUCGAUCGCAUCGUGGGUGGCCAGGACACCAGCUUGGGCAGGUGGCCGUGGCAAGUCAGUCUUCGCUACGAUGGAGCACACCUCUGUGGGGGCUCCCUGCUCUCCAGAGACUGGGUGCUGACAGCCGCCCACUGCUUCCCUGAGCGGAACCGGGUCCUGUCCCGAUGGCGAGUGUUUGCUGGUGCCGUGGCCCAGACCUCACCCCAUGGCGUGCAGCUGGGGGUGCAGGCAGUAAUCUACCACGGGGGCUAUCUCCCCUUUCGAGACCCCAACAGCGAGGAGAACAGCAAUGACAUUGCCCUGGUCCACCUGUCCAGCUCCCUGCCCCUCACAGAGUACAUCCAGCCCGUGUGCCUCCCGGCUGCCGGGCAGGCCCUAGUGGAUGGCAAGAUCUGCACCGUGACUGGCUGGGGCAACACGCAGUACUACGGCCAACAGGCGGGGGUACUCCAGGAGGCCCGAGUCCCCAUAAUCAGCAGUGAUGUCUGCAACGGCCCCGACUUCUACGGGAACCAGAUCAAACCCAAGAUGUUCUGUGCCGGCUAUCCUGAGGGUGGCAUUGAUGCCUGCCAGGGCGACAGCGGUGGCCCCUUCGUGUGUGAGGACAGCAUCUCUCGGACGCCACGUUGGCGGCUCUGUGGCAUCGUGAGCUGGGGCACCGGCUGUGCCCUGGCCCAGAAGCCAGGCGUCUACACCAAAGUCAGUGACUUCCGGGAGUGGAUCUUCCAGGCCAUAAAGGUGAAAUUUGGGCCCAGAUGGGAGCCAGAGGGUGGAAGGGUUUGGGACUCUGAGGGGGAAAGGGAGCCAGGGUUUUCCAGAAACCAGCGCUCAGGCUUAGAAGAGGGUGCCCUAGGGAACGGAUAGCCUUCAAAGGGCUCCUGGGGAGGGGAGUUCAGCUGUGGGACUUUGGGGGAAGCCUCUCAGACCUUGGAAGCCCCUAGUUGUCUUUCCCCAGACUCACUCCGAAGCCAGCGGCAUGGUGACCCAGCUCUGACCUGUGGCUUCUCCUCGCUGUGCACGCCUGCAGGGCCCAAGCUGCUCUAGGUGGCUCCAGCCCACAUGAUGGGGUUCACCCUGGGAUGGAACAUUUUUCUUCUUGGGCCCAGCCCACAGGUCCAAGGAUACCCUCCCUCCAAGGUCCUCCACAGUGGCGGGCCCACUCAGCCCUGGGACCACCCGAGCCUCACCCUUCUGAGCCCCAUGUAAAUAUUGUUCUGCCGUCUGGGGAGUCCCAUCUAGUGCCCCUGAUGACAGGAUGCUCUUUAAAUAAUAAAGAUGGU